AGGAGGUAAUAGUGUCGAAGCGCAGGAGAAUCGCGAAGUACGUCCCUGAUACUUCGGCAAAGCAGGACAAGUACAAUAGGACGCUCCAGCCGUUACAUCAACCAAUGAGAGCGCAGCUCUAUGACUGGAAUAAAGUAUCCAGCACAUUAGUGUCGAGUUCACUCAAAGACACCGAGACUGGCAGCACCGCCACUAAGCUAUUUAUAUGAGGCCGUUGGUGUAGCAGUCGAGGCAACCGCUUGCACUUAAUGUCCGCACCACGCGAGACACACCUGAGCCGAUGCAGCACAAUGGCGUCCUGCCUGCAAUCAAUGUGGGUGCGCCGUCAGUCGCUUCACGCGGCGUGAGUCCCAACGUGGCCAAGCGUGCAGCCUGGUCCACUCCACGAGAGCGACUGGCGAAGCCGGAUACGAGGACGGAGCAGCGGAUCUCAGUGUCCGCUGCUACACCAGAUGGCGCUUUGGUAUCAAGACAGGAACAACCACGUUCACAGCCAACUUCAACGUCGUUGGAGGACGCACUCGAGGUGCUCCAGGAGGUACUGCUCGAGACCGAUGAUCAGAGUGACAGUUCAAGGAGACGAGAAACUGCGCUGGAGGAGAUCCAGCGUCUCCACGCUGCAGAAGAGCAAGAACUCGAGCGAGCGCGGCUUGCUGCUGACGAGCAGCUACAGACGACGCUGGAGCUGCUGCAGGCUGAACUCGCCCGAGAACGACGACUUCGAGGCACUGGAGAGAGCUCCAAACCGACGACAGCGCCCUCAACAGAGAGAAAGGCUCCAAACAAACGCCAAACCGCCCGACUGGCACCUCAUCUUCGCAACUCACCGUUCAAACCUCGCUCGAAGGAUUCUGCUGCAAUACAAGAGAGACGUGACGAGAGCAGCAGAGAAAGCGCUGUCUUCGAUCGAGACAUCAACGUGGAUAGUCUCCGCGCGUCGGUACAAGAGGCAAAACUGCACGAACUACGGGAAGAACGAGCUCAAUGCCAACAGGACUACGAGAUUAUGCGAGAACAAGUCAUCGAGGAGAAAGCGCGUCAAGUGACGCUAUUUCAAAGACUAGAAAUGGUGCGACGGUCACACGCGCGUCAACUGAGCGAAGCAGAAGCUGCUCUUCGUGCUUCGCAGACAGAUGUGGAGCGUCUCCACGCUCUACUAGCACAAGCUCGAGUUAGCACUACUCAUGAAGCGCGACGAACAGCAGCUCUAAUUCAAAGCUCAAAGACUGAACGGCAGCGACUUGUCUGCGCUCUAGCUGAGACUCGACACAAGUUUCGUGAGUGGAAAGAAGGUGAAGCUGCAACGCUGCGAGCUACUCGGGAGCAGGCUGUACAUGCGCUAAGAACUGAGUAUGAACUCAAACUAGCGCGUCAUCAGGAGGAGAAACAGAAAUUACGGGACAAAGUGAAGGAUCUGGAAGUGUCACUGCGCUUGUUACAGCGAGAUCGUCAGCUCUCUCCUGGAGAACUCAGUGAGCGGAAGGGAACUCUGCUGCACUAUUCAGUUGGCUUUGGUGACGUAGGGGCGGCCGAUUUCAUUGAGGCCCAGGGACGCAUACAGGAGCUAGAGGCACUACUACAGCUCAGUAAAGAGCGACAAGAACGACAAGAUGAACUCCUGCGUGUGUCUGAGACUACCCUAGCAAGACUUAAUCAAGAGCGAGAGUUGGACGCUCUUGAGGACCUCGCAUUGCCGUCGCCUGCUGUAGCUUUGGCUUUGACAGGUGAGAUGCAGGCUGAAGAGAGCGACAAACCCAGCGUUCCAGAAGUAUCGACACCGAUGCCUAAUACUCCUUCCACUCCGGAUGUGAUGUCUGUGAGAAAAUUGGAGCGCUUGGGAUCUAUGGUGGCAGUAUCUGCCCCACCUUCGACUCCAAAUGGCAGUCCAGGAAGGCGACAGAGCACGACUGGUGCAACGGAUAUCGAGAAGGAGGUUCUACGUCGUAAUAGCAUUGUUCUGAGUGCAGAGGUCAACCGGUAUCAGAAGAUUGUCGUGCAGUCCAUGGAAGAAGUUCGUGCAUUGAAAGAGUUUAGACGACAAACCCGUAGUGGCAGCGCGAACAAUUCCGCCAUUGUGUUGACUGCGCGAGAAGCGUAUUUGCUGGAGGAACUAGUUGCAUUACAGCGUGAGAUUGGCAAAAUGAAGACAAAGCUGAGGAAAAAGCGCAAGAAAGAGAAGUCGAACACCAAAGGUCUCGUGGAUGGAGGUAUCCUUGGGCAAACUGAAGCUUCUGGUGAUGGUUCUAGUAGCUCUAGCGACAGUGACGACAGUAGUGAUAGCAGCGGUGAGAGUGAUAUCGACCGUAAUAAUGAAGACGACAGUACCUUGGAGUCCACUCCACUAGUAAGCCAGUCGCGAAUGUCCUUAAUCAAGGAGAACGGGCUUGAGGAAGAUACUGCCGUCAAGAUGAUCCAGACUUGUUCCAAAGGAUUUCUAGCGCGACGAGAGUUCAUUCGUAAGAAGCUUGCAAUUGGGAAGAUCAAAGCUCGAUAUCGUGGUUAUCUGGUGCGUAAGAACUACGAGGCUCUAGGCAGCAGUUUGAUCACCACGGAUCGUAAACUUCUCCCAUCUGGACUAGCGCCAGAGAGUGCACCCGAUUACUUGCUGGUAACUGAGGCCAUGCAGUACAAGAUGCAGAUUGUGGAGCCGCAUCACAAAGUAUCCUGCGCGUAUGAGGGUGGCAAGAGUACUAACGAAAUGGUGGACAUUGUGCUUCGUGUGUCGAAAGACCCGCCUAUUCUUCAGCUUCAGGUCGCACCUAGUACCUCUGUAGACCGAGAGGCUGCUGUACCUCGUGUUGCCUAUUUCCACUUGUUCGAGACUAUCGCACUACUCCCGUACGAGGACGAAGAGGUCGUUCUGGAGACCUCAAACGAGAAAGAAAUCGCUCGUAUCUUUGCUUCGCGGUUGGUUGUACAGUGCAAAGGAUCAGACAGCGACUACCAUUUCUUCAUUACGCGUACAAGCAAACAGGAGCAAGAGAGUGCUGCGAAUACUAAAGAAGACUUGAUACUCGGCCGAAGACCCCGCACGCUUCUCACUGAACUUCCCGUUCAAGUGAUGGAGUUAAGAAACACUUCUGCGUCAAGUGACACCUUUGACAACGUUUUCGACGAAGCAGCACCAGUGUUUGGGCACGAAGUUGACUUGGAUUUGCUGAUUCGAGAAGCUCGUACGGAUCCGCUGAACAACGGUAAUGGACGAGCGAGUGGAGAAGUAGAAGUGUCAGAAGACUCUACAGCAAGAAUUCAACGGCUUGUAAGAAGACUAUCGAGCAGUUCGUACAAUAAUGAGGAGCAGCAGCACAGAUCUCGAUCUGUAUAAUAGUAAGCAGUCACAACGAAGC